CCGCCCUUCAUUCAUUACCCGGAAGAGUAACAGCAGAGAUGGCUGAUCGAGGGAUUGCGUUGUGUCUGUUUGAUGUGGACGGGACUCUGACAGCUCCCAGGCAGAAAAUCACUAAUGACCUGGCAGAAUUUCUUCAGAGCUUGAGAAAAAGAGUAAAGGUUGGAGUUGUUGGAGGUUCAGAUUUUGAGAAAAUCCAAGAACAGCUGGGAGAAGAUGUGCUUGAAAAGUUUGAUUAUGUGUUCUCUGAAAAUGGUCUUGUUGCAUACAAGGAUGGACAGUUUCUAUGCAAACAGAGCAUCCAUGCACACUUGGGGGAAGAUUUGUUGCAAGAUCUAAUCAACUAUUGUCUAGGGUACAUUGCCAAACUAAAACUACCAAAGAAAAGGGGCACUUUUAUAGAGUUUAGAAAUGGGAUGUUAAAUGUAUCUCCCAUUGGAAGAAAUUGUACCCAGGAGGAACGUAUUGAAUUCUUUGAACUGGACAAGAAGGAACAGUUUAGAGAGAAGUUUGUGGCGGAUUUACGGAAAGAAUUUGAAGGAAAGGAUUUAACAUUUUCAAUAGGUGGACAAAUCAGCUUUGAUGUGUUCCCGAAUGGCUGGGACAAGACAUACUGUCUGGGAAUUCUUGAAAAGGAAGCAUAUUCCAAAACGUACUUUUUUGGUGACAAAACCAUGCCGGGUGGAAAUGAUUAUGAAAUUUAUACAGACUCUAGAACAAUAGGUCAUUCUGUGACAUCUCCUGCAGACACCAGAAGAAUCUGUGAAGAAUUGUUUUUCCAAUAAACUGACACCUUUUGAAUGCUUCAUAAAUUAAAGCUACCUGACAUAGCAAAAAAAAUCUUCAUUAAGGGUUUUAGAAGUUACUACAAUACAAAAUGUAGGGUGAUGGGUUCAUAUUAUUCAAAUUUCAUUGCACAUUAAAUCUGCAUUAGAGCAGGGAUGAGCCUAAGAAAUGUUUUGUGUAUUCUAGAACUGAAAAAAGUUUGACAGCGGGGAUGAAUGCUAGAAAUGGACCACAUAAAAUUAGUUAUGCUUCCCAAUGAAGGUUAUAUCAAGAAGGUCAAAUUGUCACUGUGGUGAAGGUCAAAUUCAUGUUUCCUAUGGGAGGCAUUGCUUUUUUUUUUGUCCCAAUUUUCCUAUAAGGUCUUGGUGGUUCUUACAUGUAUACCAAGUAAUUUUCUCAUAGCAACCAGUUAUAAUCUUUAUUUUGUACUGAAUACUUAAGAGUGAAGCUGGUUGACUGGGCCACAAAUGGAAUUUUACACAUUAAGCAAAUUGAUCCUUUCGAACACUCUGUCAUUUCUAGGAACACAAUAAUUCAUGGACACAUACAACCAUUUGCAUACCAGUAGUUUGCGAAUUUUAAACUGCUGCUUCUGUACUGUGCAAAGUGGAAAAAGGCAAAUUUGCAACUAUGGGUUGUCUAACUUAAAAAAAACUAUCAUCCAGAUAUGCCCUUACUACUCUUUUUGUAAGCUUUUACUGUCAGUACAAAAUGUAUUUACAAAUCUUCAUACCUCAUUAAUAUUUUGAUCAAUAUACAUCUUUUAAAUGGUGUAUCUAAUGUUAUAUAUGCAGUGUGUGUCCAUCCAACAGUGCAACCCAAUUUGUAGCCUGUUUUUACAGUCUAUGCCAGGUUUACAAUAAGCAUAGUUAUAUUUUCUUGGGAUUGUAUCAGCAUUCUAUUCUUAAAGUAGGUUAUUCUCUUGCUAUUAUCAGUACUGUUUUAAAGUAAACUGCUCUUUACAGAUUCCAUCUUUGCUGUGGGUCAACGUUGAUUACUGUCUAAAAUGUGCCUGUAUUGAAUAUGAAUUUUUGAUUUAUGGUGGAAAGAAUAAAUGUAAUAAAAUCAUGCAAAUUUUUAUAAA